ACUCGACAUAACUUAACAACAACGAGCAAAAUCCUCCUUUUAUUUUUAAUUUACUAAACAUAAUAGCUUGCUAAUCGUGAUGGCUCUCUCCACGGUUGUCUUCGCUGAUCCUUUCUUCUCGGAGAUGGACCGCGCCAUGAACCGCUUCAUCAACAGCGCCCUUGGCAACCCAAUGUCCGGCGCCACGGCCGGCGGCAGCUCGCGAGCCGGUGUCGCCCAGCCGUCCCUUGCCAUGGACAUCAUCGAGACGCCCACCGCCUACGAGCUACACGCCGACACCCCCGGCAUGUCGCCCGAAGACGUCAAAGUGGAGCUUCACGAGGGCGUGCUGACGGUGAGCGGCGAGCGGAAGAUCUCCCACAGCUUGAAGGACGAGGGCGGCAAGGUGUGGCGCAGCGAGCGCAGCUCCUACAGCUUCAGCCGCGCCUUCACACUUCCGGAGAACGCCAACGCCGAGGACAUCAGCGCCUCCAUCGACAAGGGCGUGCUCAGGGUGACGGUGCCCAAGAAGGAGCCGCCGGCAAAGAAGGAGCCAAAGCGAAUUGCGGUGAAGAGCGCACUGUGAUGGGCAUUGAAGGGUCGAGCGACGAACGAUGACUGAUCUAUUUAUCUAUCUGUUAGUGGCAAAAUGGCUCUGGGGUAAGUCAUCAGGAACAGCGGUAUGGGGCUUUGUGAUCUUUGUAUUUGCCCGGUGUCAUCCAGGCCGUUGCUUUCUCGUGGGUUGUUAGCCGGUAGGGAAGGGAAUGUUGGAGCUUGUGUCGGCGCACGUGUGCGUGCAGAAAUGGACUACAGACAUUAUUGGCCGUAGCAGCAGCAGCAGCAGCAGCAGCAGCAGUAGCUGGUGCUUGAAAAUGGAUGCUGCAUCUCAGGACGGGACAGGGAAGAGAGAUGUUGCCGCACUGGUAUCGGUAUCGGUGUGGACGAGCACACUGAGUGCUACUGCUAGCUAGUGCAGGUGGUGCUGGUGGUGGUUGGUCACGUCGUGGGUUAGUCCUUUGCUUUGGUCCUUCGACACAGAGGAGGUGUGAAGUCCAAGCAAAGACUUUUCCUGUGAUGUGUAUGAAAGCCAUCUACUGUGGCGGAGCCUUGUUAGUGAUAGGACCUGCGCGCACCGGUUGCAUGCUGACCAUCAUCAUCAUCGCUAGCAGGUAGUUAGGCUGGCUUAUGUUGGUUCAGCUGUACGUCGGCAGGGUCGGCGCCGUCGUGACAAGUUGAAGGACAACGAACGGAACGGAAAGCGGAAACUUCAUGAAUGCCAUACAUCAUAUUGCACAAACGAAUGCUGCUGACUCUUUGAAAUCUUUUGUAACGGAACAUUCGCAUCGCCCAGUGCUCCCUGCAUUAUCCACUGUACGAUCUGGAUCUAUC